UUGGAAACCAUGAGAUUCAAUGUUAUUUUUCUAAUCAUUUACCUCACCAUACCAGGCUAUCAGGCCUACAACUGCACCUCGUGUGAAGACACAACAUGCCCACCAAUUUUAUUCGGCUGCAACAGCCAUAGAGCGAUCGAUCCGUGUGGAUGCUGUGAGCAUUGUGCCAGGGGCUAUAUGGAACCCUGCGGAGGUGAAAACUGGGAAAUCGGCUACUGUAAAAAUGGACUCAACUGUGCCGCAGUAAAUGGAACUGAUCUUGCUGAGAUUCCUAACAUAGGGAUUUGUAAAGAGCUAAAGGAGUUCCCACAAAAAGAAUAUUUUGAAGAUGAUGAAAUCUGCCCAAAGCAUACUGCAUGUUACAAGCGAACAGGAGUUUGUGACUGUUUUACUAAACGUACCUGCAUUCUAGAUUUCUUCCAGUAUUCAGAAGAACACUGUAACCCUAUGCUAGACUUCCCCCCAGAUGACUGGGAAAAGGAGCAAGAAGAGGAGGUAAAGAUUUGCUUUUGGCGCGGCUGUGAUAUCAUCGAUGGCAAAUGUGCCUGUGAAUCAGGACUUUGUGAUUACACGCGUAGGUUUCAAUUCAGGGACAUCGGGGAAUGUAACAAAGGCCUUGUAAACCAAAAGUGUUCCAAUGUGACCUGUCCUGAAGUGCAACCCAUUGAAUGUCCCAAUGAUUCAACACUUAGCAAUGCCUAUACACCACAAGGAGAUUGCUGUCCCAAAGUGCCCAGUUUCUGCACUUGUGAUUUUAACAAAUGCAACAACGAGUGCCCAAGAGGAAGAAGAAAAGUCAUGAUCUGGAAGAGUAAUGGAAUUCCUGGGAGCUGCUGCGAUAGAUUUCUGUGUCUCGUCUAGAUUAGUAACAAUCCCUCUUUCUUUCAGAGUGAAAACUGAUUGGUUGAUCAUUAUCAUGUAAGAAGGAGAUUGAUUAUCACCAAGUAAUCUCUAUUUUUUUAUAACUCUAAAAUUAGCUUUUAUACAGUGUGUAGAAGUUGAGAGAGGCACCUCUAGGCAAUGAACACAAUCUUGGGUGGGAAACUUUGCACCCUAAUAUUUUUAACUAUGUUUCAUGAAUCAGUUAGGGUAUAGGUGCAAACUGCUGGUUUACAACAUUGUGGACCUUGAAUCGCUAUGACACCUUAGGGUGCUGUAAUAUGAGGUGGGGCUAGUGUUUUAAGGAUUAACCACAGGUUGGUAGUUGUUGAGAUUGAAUAUACUAACUGGGUCUCGAAGUCAGGUCAAGCUGACAAAGUUGGCUGGUAAGGGGUUAAGCUUAAAGUUCUUGCUUGCUAGUGCAUAUAAUGUUAUAGGAACUGAAAUUGUUUUGCUUGGCACAUGUUAAGCCCCUAGAAUUCAGACAAUUAAUCAAAUAAGAAAAAAGAAGUUAUGUCUAGACAAGCUAAUGCAUAAAAGUUUGCUUCGUCAAAAAUGAUGCUUAAUAAUAAAAUCCAGUGACAUAAAAUUAAAAUUAAGAUGACCAAUUGAAGAUUGAUUCAAGUAACAUACGUAAUCUAAAAUUAUGAUGAUGUUUUGAUCUGGGUAUAAAAUUUGUAUAACAAAGUGUAAAGGGCAGAAUUCUCUGUCCGGACCUGUCUUAUUUGCUGUAUUGCUAAACCUGCAGUUUGGUGCACUUUGCAAAUAAAUCUGUCUUCUAAGUUUGAGCAUUA